AUGGGAAAAGUUGAAAUUAAACUUGACGAUUUGGAUGUUCUCAGUGAGGCGUCUUUGAUUAAUGAGGACGACGAAGAGUACGAUAUCGAUGUGGAUGAAAGGGUUGAAAACUCAGCACUUUACACAGAUGACUGGGCAACAAUUUACCCCUCAACAAGCCGUGAAAACAACAAGAAACGCUGCAAGCACAAUUUCGCCCCCAUCCUUACUGGAAAAAUGAGUUUCUUCAUCUCCAUCAAACCAAUAAACGCUACAGUAGCUGAAACUGGCAUCAAACAGGCGUUUUAUAAAUAUAUGUACACGAUUUCAUUGGAGCAUGAUGGGUAUGUCAAAAGAACGAUAGAGUGCAAAUGGGACGAGUUGUGGAAGUUGCAUCUGCACAUCGCGACGCAGCUAAAAAGCAGAAUGAAACUUAGAGAAGAUAAAAAGAAAGAAAUAAAAGAAAAAGAAAUUAUCAGCCGGCAAACUCGGCACACUUCCCACCAUCUUCCCGCGCAUUCUCAAGCCUAUCGCACUAGUUCCGUGACUCAACCCUCUUCCACCCUUCCCAACGGUGCUUCCGCUCAAAAAAGAUUCAGCAAGUCAAUCAGUCAUGAUCCGCAAUCAACGAAGAAAAGCCGCCUGGGUCUUCGUUGGAGAGAAACCUUCCGUCGCGGCCGAAAUUCAACAAAAACUCGAAAAACCGCUCGUUUCCCUAAAAGCCCGAUGGACAUGCAUGUCAAAGAAACAGAACUAGAAGGAAGAGCGCAACAGAUAAAGGAGUACUUUGAGCGAAUUUUCAAUUCGAAGCAACGAUCAAAUUAUCGAAACAUGGAGCAGUUCAAGGAAUUUUUCGGAUUGAGUCAGUUCACGUACAUUCGGGAUCUAGGAUCUGUUGGCUACGAAGGAUUGCUUCAAAAACGCUCUGGAGGAGAGCGACAAAGCUUCACAAAAAGCCUCACUCGAUGCCACUGCGGAGAUCUUUUCAAAACUUGGAGAAAUCGAUGGUUCAUCCUGAGAGACUCCUUUCUUGCGUAUUUCAAAGAAAACUCGAUGCAGUUCGUUAUGCUUUUCGACAAUCAAACUAGCUGCACGCAGUAUGGAAGAGAAUUUGAGAUUAAAAAUCUCCAACGACGUUUGACUAUCAAAUGCAAAGACGAAGCCGAAGCAACCACUUGGAAGAAACAAAUCGACUUUAUCAAAAAGGACAACGAAGCUGGCUACAUGCCGGAAAAUGAAAACUCCCAUGGCUCGUUUGCACCGGUGAGAAAAGGUUCAAGGGCGAGAUGGUUCGUUUGCGGGCAAGAUUAUUUCGUUGCAAUCAAGGAGGCGAUAGAUUUAGCGAAAGAAGAAAUCUUCAUCGCUGACUGGUGGUUCAUGCCCUGUAUAGAAUUGAUUAGAACUGAAAAUCAACGAAUCACGCUGGAGGAAACACUGACCGAUGCGGUCAAAAGGGGCGUCAAAAUUUUCAUCCUUGUCUUCAACUCGAAUAUGGAGAGUCAACUCAAACUGAUGAACUACAUCAACUGCAAGAAUUUAGUCAAACGCGUCCGCGCGACAGUGAAGAAUAAAAUUGGCUCCGUCGACGGUGACAUUUAUUACUUGGCCUAUCCUGAUAUCCGGGCAGCGACGGAAAAAGACGUCGCCGGGUUGCAAUGGGCGCAUCAUGAAAAAUUGCUGGUUGUUGAUCAAAGUGUUGCGUUGCUUGGUGGCAUCGACCUUUGCAUAGGAAGAUAUGAGGAGCACGGUAAAUACCCGCUUUUUGACGACUCAGACGACAAAUUUACGGGCUACGAUUAUUUCAACCACUACGAAGUGCUCGACUGGGAGCAGCCUAGGAAAGAUUUAAAAAGAACCCCGUGGCACGACAUUGCUUGUCAAAUCUUCGGAGAAAGUGCACGUGAUCUUGCUCGCCACUUUAUCCAGCGCUGGAAUUUUUCGAAAAGAAAGCUGAAGAAAACUAGAACAGAGUAUGAUCGACCAAUGAUUCUUCCUAAAUGCAUAAAAGCAGAUUACAAGAUCAAAGCGAGAUUUUCUGGCCAUUUUGAUCUUGCUACGGAUGUUGAGAGUAUUCAAGUUCUACGAUCUGUCGGAAAAACAUCUGCGGGGUUGAAAGAGAAGGAAAACUCGAUCUACCGCGCGUAUUCGGAAAUGAUCAAACUUUCAAAACGCUUCAUUUACAUCGAAAACCAAUUCUUCGUUUCUGACGCGACGAUCGACUCCCGAGAAUCUCCCCACUCUAACAGCAGAAUACAGAACAAGAUCGCAUCUUUGAUCGCCGCUAGAAUUAUUAUUGCCUUUGAGAAGGGCGAAGAUUUCAAAGUUUACAUUGUGCUUCCCGAAACAGCUGGUUUUCCUGGAAAAUUUGAGGAUCGAAACUGCCCAGAACAGGAGCUUUUCUUCCAUCUUCAGCGCCACGGCCUGACAGAAGGAAUCCACUCAAUUCAACACCAGUUAGAUUUGCACACCUCAAAGAUGAAGUCAAAGACUCCCAACAAGCUAAUCAUGUUCCACAAAUACAUCUCCAUCGCCGCGUUUCACAAAUGGGAAGAACGAAACAAUGAGCUCUUUCACUCACCGAUUUACGUUCACUCGAAGCUGAUGAUUGUCGAUGACGAGAGAUGUAUCAUUGGAAGUGCAAAUAUUAACGAUAGGUCUAUGCUUGGCGAUAGGGAUUCUGAAACUGCCGUUCUUGUUCAUGGACGAGAAUUCUGUAAUUCUCUCCGUCUAAAAAUCUGGUCUGCGGCUCUUGGAUCCAUGAACGGCCUUGACCUUUGCCCGAGCAAAGACGAGUUUUUCUUCAAUCACUGGCUAAAAGUUUCAAUCGCCAAUUCUGCCGCGCUUUGGGAAGCCUUCCACAACUUGCCGAAUGAUUUAGUCAAGGAGUAUAUGAACCCUCACGAUCCGUCCUGGCUGGAAUGGAAAGAGGAAUACAAACGUAAAGAAAACCUCCCGACGGAGCAAAAACUAGAAGCCCUCAAAAAAUUCCAAGGAUUCCUCAUCAAAUACCAAACUGGUUUUGCUUCAAACAACCGAGAAAUCGAAACUUCUGUCGCUAGAGUUAAUAUAACUCACAACGCUGCCAAUCUUUUCCUGUAG